ACCCCUCUACAAAAUUUGGCGCCCAACCUUAGUGGCCUAUAUUUUUGGUUAAAAUCGUAUGGAAGAUUCCGUAACUCCACGAAGAAGCCCAAGGUACCAAAUCAUGACGAAUCCAUCGUUGACCACAGAGCAGUUUGAGAAACUGAUGCAGGCCGUAGCAGCUGCAAAUGUGAAGUCAGGAACGUAUAGCCACUGUACGGCUCGUUAUAAUGGUGAAAAGGACCCGACCAAGCUGGAAGAGUUUAUUUCGGCCAUAACAACGUUCAAAACUGUGGAAAAGAUUAGCGAUGCUGACGCUAUUAACAGCAUGCCGAUGCUUUUAUUGGGUGACGCUUCUGAGUGGUGGAGUGGCGUGAAAAGUAAGGCAAGGAAAUUUGAGGAUGUUAUCAAAAUGUUGCGUGAUUCGUUCUGUCCACCAAAACCAGCAUGGCGCAUAUAUGCGGAGAUUUUCGAUGGAAAACAACAGAAGAACGAGGCAACUGAUACUUUUGUACGGAAGAAAAGGGCAUUGUUCGCAAAACUUCCCAAGAUUCCUUCCGAAAGUGAUCAAAUUGAUAUCCUGUUUGGAAUGCUUCAUGUCCAGAUCCGUGACAGAGUUUUUCGACAUAAAGUGGAAAGCUUUGACGAAUUACUUAAGGAUGCACGGGAGGCCGAAGAGGCUAUAAACGAAAGAGGAAAACCUGUGAACACUGAGGUUUCGUCCGUCGGUGGUCCAGUCCGUUGUACGUAUUGUCGUAAGAAAGGACAUACGAGAGAGAACUGUUUCAAGAAAGAGAAAUUUGAAACCGAAGCUAGGCAAGAAGCAAACGUCAUUGCCCAGACGACUACGGCUAAACCAAAGUUGGCAUGUUACGGUUGUAAUGCACCAGGAUAUGUUCGCGCAAACUGCCCAAAUUGCAGUGGUAACAAAAAGCAACAAAAUCCUGAAGGAUACGUAAAUUUUAAUAACAUGACACUACGUUUGGUUGGGAGAGAAAUCCCUGUGGCCAAUAUUCAUAUGUUUGGUGUCCCUGGACAAGCAUAUCUAGAUACGGGAGCACGUACUAGCAUUGCCAGCGGAAAUUUAAAGAGAAUCAUGGAUUUCCACGGAUGUAUUUAUGACAAGGUCCGUAUGGAAAUCUCCUUAGCAGAUGGAAGCAGAUCCAUCCAAGAGUGUUUGGCCACGGUCUGUAAAAUUGCAAUGGGAGGAAGACCCUUUAACGUGCAGUUCGUCAUAUUGCCAAAUUCUCAAAAUAAUCGAACUUUGCUAGGUUCAGAUUUUCUAGAACAGGCUGCCGUUAUUCUGAAUAUGGGUCAAGGAUACUGGUGUUUUGAGGACGAACCCGGUACUCAUUUCGAAUUUCCGGAACUAUUGCCCCUAAAUUUGAAUUUGCUCGAGACGAUAAAAGUGGCCAAUACGAAAAGGCAUAUGCUCAGUAAAGAAAGUACAGCCGUGAAAAGAAAGUCAGAGAAUGACGGACAGACAGAGCCAAAGUACCAUCGUGAAGUAUACAUGUCUGAAUUUGAAAGUUAUGGUCCUGAUAUCACCAAUAACCAAAAUGAUUAUUCGCCUCACUCUAUUCAUGCCAUUUUUAAAGAUUGUUUGCCCGAUAGUGAAAAGGACACCCCUGAGCGAGGUAGAAGAACUGAUCUCUUUGCAAGUUUGGAAUAUGAUCAGGAAUAUAUAGACUCAAUCUUCACACCGAUCCUGAUGGCCGAUAUCAAGAUUUUAAAGCCUACCGAUGGCGAAUAUUUGUCCGUAAAAGAAAAACAAGAGUUGGACUUGAUUUUGCAAAAGCAUUACACAAUUUUUGGUGAACUUGGAGAACCAACCCCAUACAUAGAACAUACCAUAAAUACUGGCGAUAAUAAGCCAAUUGCUUCAGCGGCAUAUAGAUUGUCUUUCGCCAAAAGUAGAGAGUUGAAGGCAGAAGUAGACCGAAUGCUCGAGUUAGGCAUAGUCGAAGAAAGCGAAUCUGCUUGGGCCUCACCGGUAGUGAUGGUGCCAAAACGAGAUGGUGGCAUACGGAUAUGUGUCGACUAUAGAAAAUUGAAUAGCAUCACAGAACCCGACAGGUACCCACUGCCCCGAAUAGAUGACCUACUCCACGCAGCAAAAAGUACAAAAUACAUGACUACGCUUGACCUCCAGAGUGGCUACUACCAAAUUGCCGUCAAUGAAAAGGAUCGGGACAAAACUUGUUUUAUUACCCCUUUUGGCCUUUUUCGGUUCACACGGAUGCCGUUUGGCCUUAGAAACGCCCCAGCUACUUUUCAGCGUCUAAUUGACAGAUUCAAAGUCUCAUUGAAAAACAUGUUGAUUGUGGCCUAUUUGGAUGAUUUGAUUAUAUGCUCCCCAACUUUCAAAGAGCAUUUGCAAGAUCUGAACCAAGUAUUCAUUCGAUUGGAACAAUUUAAUCUACGGGUUAAAAAUUCCAAAUGCAGAUUUUGUUGUCGUCAAGUCCGGUACUUGGGACACAUUUUAACACCUGAGGGUAUAGCUAUAGAUUCGGCUAAAACAUUGGCUAUCUCAGAGAAAAGGAGCCAAAGAAUGUGAAAGAAUUGAUAUCUUUCAUCCAAACUUGUUCCUGGUAUAGGAAAUUUAUUGCCAACUACGCACAAAUAGCCAAACCCCUCACAGAUUUAACCAAGAAAACUGCAAUAUGGACAUGGGGAGAGCCUCAACGAAAAGCCUUUCAAGAACUGAAGGAAAAACUUAUAAGCCCACCUGUACUCAGACAAGCUCAAGAGGAUUUGCCGUUCAUUAUUAAAACAGAUGCAAGUUCAUUUGCCCUUGGUGCCGUUUUGAUCCAGGGGGAGGGCCCUGACGAGCACCCCAUCGAAUAUAUUAGCAGAUUACUGUCAACUGCUGAUCGAAGAGGUUUUUCUUCGUUAUGGAGUACCACGACGGCUCAGAACAGACAAUGGUGUCCAGUUUGUCUCCGCUAUAAUGCAACAAGUUACCUUUUGCCUAAACGUCCAACAACAAUUCACGCCGGUCUACCACCCACAAGCUAACCCAGUUGAGCGUAAAAACCGCGACUUGAAAGCCCAAUUAGCCAUCCUUGUGCAGCUUCACCACAAUACAUGGGCCAUUCACCUAAGCGCCAUACGUUUCGCAAUGAAUACAGCGAAGUGCCAGACAACAGGGUUCACUGCAUCCUAUUUAACCUUUGGCCGUGAAUUAAGAACAAUCGAUGAUGUCCACAAUGAUUUGAGAUCUGUUGUAGAGGCCGAAAACUUUAUACCACAGAUAACUACUUAUCUUCAAAAUCUAUCAAACGUUUAUAAAGAUGCCAAAGAAUCAGAACAACAUCGCCAAGACAAAAAUAAAGAAAACUACGAUGGGCACAGAAGACCGCAACCCAGUUUCGAAAUUGGUUCAACUGUAAUGGUUAACACACACGUAUUAAGCCAAGCAUCGAAAGGACUUAUUGCUAAAUUCGUUCCGAAAAGAGAUGGUCCUUAUGUCAUUAUAAAGAAAGUUGGUUCUACAUCCUAUGAAAUUGCUGCUGCCGAUAACGUCAACGUGUCCUUGGGGACAUACCAUGCCUCAGCCUUAUCCUUGUUUCGAGAUGACAACCACAAUGUAAUGCCCAAACCUGUCCACCCGAUACGCAAAAGAGGAAGACCAAAGAAGUCCUAGACUGUUGUCGUGCUCUCGGGUCGAUGCCGCACUCCAAAAGGGGAGAUUGUAGCGAUGUUAUAUUUUCUACAUAAUUAUAAUAUAUUUCAUGCAUUCAUUUAUUAAUUUUUACUAUUUUUGCAUUGCCAUUCUGAACUAACUUUAAAGAUUUGCUUUCCUUUGAAUAUAUUUUGUUUCAUUAGUUUUGUAACAUGACUACAUAUUUUAA